AUGUGUCAGGAGGCCAGAAAUUAUUAUAAAGAUCAAUUUGCAGCUCAUCCAAAUUUACGUUCACCAAUUGAAAUUGAAGCUGAUUCGGUGGAUCAUGAAAUUGAAGAGCUUCUGAGAAAUCAACCAUCGAUUCCUAUUAGCAUCACGUAUCAAUAUCUUCACAGAUCAAUUUUGAUCAUUGAAGAACAAAAAUUCGACUGGUAUGAACGGAGUAUCUAA